AAUUCUAACAUUUUGGGCAUGAGAUAGCCUCGAUUGUCAGUGUUUCUGCUUUAGAAGAAACUAUCUCUAGAAAUACACACCAGACUUGAUGACUGUGUGGAAUUCAGACUGGAGAAUCUGAGGACCCAGUGAACACGAGGAAGUCAGGCUUCCCAGGUUAAGAAACCAGGGAAACGGUUUGGGGAAGCUGCUGGCGCUGCCCCAUCUUCAGAUGUUCCUGGGUAUCUGACAGACCGUGGCGGUCUUCAGGCUCCCCUAACUAGAGUUAAACUGGACAGAUGAGCACUGAGGCCUCCAGGCUUUCUGCUUUUUCAAAGUUGGAGCCUCAGUAGGGGCUGUAAUUUUGAAGUGAAAGGAUGACCCCUCUGAGUGGUUGAGUUCACUGGCCGAAUGUAAGUGAUGACCAGUGAUCUCUCUCGAGGAGCAGACGGGCCCCAUCUGAAGUGAAGAUAAGCUUCUGCAGACUCUGGUUCUCCUCAGGCAUUCCCAUCAUGCAAAGGGUGAUCAGGCAGUGAGACCCCAGUGCACUGUGCUGUUAGAUGACAUGGUGUGAAACCCGCGGUCACCAUUUUAUUCACUCUUCUUCCUUUAGUACCUAUACGUACUAUUGAGUAAUGUAAGUUCUCAAGAGCUAAGUUCCAUUAAAGUGUGUAUUUCUCAUUCACUUUUUAGAAUCUAAGUCACUUGCGGGGCCAAAUAAGAUUUAAUUACCAAGUAAGAUGAUAUAUAUAUACCUCCAUGUGUUUGUAUUUGGAAUCUAAGUAACAGGGAGGCAGGUAAUUCAUUUAGAGAUGGGUACUUCUUUGACUUUUUACCUCGUGUACUGAAACUGUACCUUAAAAAAAACCGACUAUGGGGUGGGAAGGAUUAGAAUGUGCAUUGUUCUCUGAAUCGGUUUCCUUUUUCCAGUGGAGCCCAUUUUUGCUUUGAACAAAUAGGAGCAGAGUCAUCUACUCUGAACAUUCCAGAACUGUGGAGCAGAGCCCAAGAGCAGGACUUCAGGCAGGUUUUUUUAGGACUGUCAUUGGUGGCAGCUCCCAUGAGACCCCCUGCGCCUCAGGCACCCAGCCCAGUGCAGACUAAUUGCAUCAACCGUGGUUCUGCCUCCACCCACAGUCAGUCAUCUCCAGUGCAUCAUUUGCUGUAGACCUGAAGCUGCUUUUGGUGGCUUGUAUUUUCUUGCAGUCUGCACAUCCGGAAUCCACGCACAAGUACUUUGUUAUGAACAAGGCUGGGUGUGGCAUAGAGUUUCCUUGAGGAAAUGGGCAGGAAGGAGUCCCGUUUUAACUCAGGUUGUUUUCUAUUUUUAAUACCUGAACUUAACAUGGCUUUCUGGUCUUCUCUUCUAUUGGAAGUUGAAAACUUGGGGGGUCUUGGCUGUGUCAAAGGCCUGUCUAAGGGAACCUGUCUUGGCACCUUGACAUUAGCAUGGCCCUGCAGUACCAUUCAACUCUGAUCUGAUGCAGACUGGCUGCAUCCAGGCACGUUUCACAAAGGAGGCACAGCUCCACUUGGCAGCCCUGGCAUCACUCAAGGGAGACAUAGUAGAGCUCAACAAGCGCCUGCAGCAAACAGAGCGGGAACGGGACCUUCUGGAAAAGAAGUUGGCCAAGGCACAGUGUGAGCAGUCACACCUCAUGAGAGAGCAUGAAGACGUCCAGGAGCGCACGACACUUCGCUAUGAGGAGCGCAUCACAGAACUCCACAGCAUCAUUGCAGAGCUCAACAAGAAGAUAGACCGCCUGCAAGGCACCACCAUCAGGGAGGAAGAUGAAUACUCAGAACUGCGGUCAGAGCUCAGCCAGAGUCAACAAGAGGUCAACGAGGACUCCAGAAGUGUGGACCAAGACCAGACCUCUGUGUCCAUCCCUGAAAACCAGUCCACUAUGGUCACUGCUGACAUGGAUAACUGCAGUGACCUGAACUCGGAACUGCAGAGGGUCCUGACGGGGCUGGAGAGUGUCGUCUGCGGCAGGAAGAAGAGCAGCUGUAACCUCUCUGUAGCCGAGGUGGACAGGCACAUCGAGCAGCUCACCACGGCCAGCGAACACUGUGACUUGGCCAUCAAGACAGUUGAGGAGAUUGAGGGAGUUCUUGGUCGGGACCUUUAUCCCAACCUGGCUGAGGAGCGUUCCCGGUGGGAGAAAGAGCUGGCUGGACUGCGGGAAGAGAAUGAAAGCCUGACGGCCAUGCUGUGUAGCAAAGAAGAGGAGCUGAACCGGACCAAGGCCACUAUGAAUGCCAUCCGCGAGGAGCGCGACAGGCUCCGGAGACGGGUCCGAGAGCUCCAAACUCGACUGCAGAGUGUCCAGGCCACUGGACCUUCUAGCCCUGGUCGCCUCACUUCUGCCAAUCGCCCGAUUAACCCCAGCACUGGAGAGCUAAGCACCAGCAGUAGCAGCAAUGACAUCCCCAUCGCCAAGAUUGCUGAGAGAGUGAAGCUAUCAAAGACCAGAUCGGAAUCAUCAUCGUCUGACCGGCCAGUCCUGGGAUCAGAAAUCAGUAGCAUUGGGGUUUCCAGCAGCGUGGCAGAGCACCUGGCCCACUCACUUCAGGACUGUUCCAAUAUCCAGGAAAUUUUCCAAACACUCUACUCCCAUGGAUCUGCCAUCUCCGAAAGCAAGAUUAGAGAGUUCGAGGUGGAAACGGAACGGCUGAAUAGCCGGAUUGAGCACCUCAAAUCCCAAAAUGAUCUCCUCACCAUAACCCUGGAGGAAUGUAAAAGCAAUGCCGAGAGGAUGAGCAUGCUGGUGGGAAAAUACGAAUCCAACGCCACAGCGCUGAGGCUGGCCUUGCAGUACAGUGAGCAGUGCAUAGAAGCCUAUGAACUCCUGCUGGCACUGGCUGAGAGCGAGCAGAGCCUCAUCCUGGGGCAGUUCCGGGCAGCUGGCGUGGGUUCCUCCCCUGGAGACCAGUCAGGGGAUGAGAAUAUCACUCAGAUGCUCAAGCGGGCUCACGACUGCCGGAAGACUGCUGAGAAUGCCGCCAAAGCCCUGCUUAUGAAGCUGGACGGCAGCUGCGGGGGAGCCUUCGCUGUGGCCGGCUGCAGUGUUCAGCCCUGGGAGAGCCUGUCCUCCAACAGCCAUACCAGCACCACCAGCUCUACAGCCAGCAGCUGCGACACAGAGUUCACUAAAGAAGAUGAGCAGAGGCUGAAGGAUUACAUCCAGCAGCUCAAGAACGACAGAGCUGCCGUCAAGCUGACCAUGCUGGAGCUGGAGAGCAUCCACAUCGAUCCGCUCAGCUAUGACGUCAAGCCAAGGGGCGACAGCCAGAGGCUGGACCUGGAGAAUGCUGUGCUGAUGCAGGAGCUGAUGGCCAUGAAGGAGGAGAUGGCUGAGCUGAAGGCACAGCUCUACCUGCUGGAGAAAGAGAAGAAGGCCCUGGAGCUGAAGCUGAGCACCCGGGAAGCGCAGGAGCAGGCCUACCUGGUGCACAUCGAGCACCUCAAGUCCGAGGUGGAGGAGCAGAAGGAGCAGAGGAUGCGGUCCCUGAGCUCCACCAGCAGCAGUGGCAAGGAGAAGCCUGGCAAGGAAUGUGCUGACGCUGCCUCCCCAGCGUCACUGCCACUGGCUGAAGUAAGGACGAGCAGUGACAGUGAGCUAGCCACAGAGUUUGCCAGUGCCAUCCGACGAGAGAAGAAGCUGAAGGCCAGAGUUCAAGAGCUGGUCAGCGCUUUGGAAAGACUCACCAAAAGCAGUGAGAUCCGACACCAGCAGUCAGCAGAGUUUGUUAAUGACCUAAAACGGGCCAACAGUAACCUGGUGGCUGCCUAUGAAAAGGCAAAGAAGAAGCACCAAAACAAGCUCAAGAAGCUGGAAUCUCAGAUGAUGGCUAUGGUGGAGCGGCACGAAACCCAAGUGAGAAUGCUCAAGCAAAGGAUAGCUCUGCUGGAGGAAGAGAAUUCCAGGCCGCACACCAACGAAACUUCACUGUGACAGGCAUCCGGCCCCAAAGCUCAGCCUCAAGGGGCUAAACCCCAGCAGCUCUUAAGUCCUCAGUGGAGACUGGGCCCAAGGAAGGGGAAGGUUGCAGACAGGUCACAGGCUCCACCCUUGGCGUGAGUGGUCACCAUGGCACUGUGGACUCUACGCACAGGUCCCGGCUGCUCCAGGCCUGGCCACAGAGGGCAUCAGCAAUGGCCCCAGCUUAGCCAUGUCGUUUGUGGUUUCACCACUCAAGUUCUCAUGCGCUCACUUGUUCUGUGUAGCAGUAGGAAUCCUGGCAUUUGGUUUUAUGCAGACUCCUGAGCCAUUUUUGCCUUUCUUUUUUUGUUGUUUUUACUUUUCAUAGACUGGACUUUUCUUUUGAAACCUGGAUUCUUCCUUCCUCCUUCAAGGGAAAAUGUGUCUCCAGCAUCUAGGGCUGGCAGCCCACUGCAGCACAAGGCUCUGGCUUCCAGGUCUUUGGUACCUGAUUCCUGAGGUCCAGUCACAUAGAGGCAUUAGUUGAGUUAUGAUAUAUAUAUUUAUAUAUAAAUAAUAUCUCGAAGCCAAGAUUUUACCAGGGGUUUCUUCCAGGGCAGAGAAAAGCGGUUUUAGUUCUUUCCCAGUCCCAGGCACCACAGUUCCUAUUCCGAAUCAAACCUAGCCACUUGGAGCAGGUAUGUAGUGUGUAGCUGGGCCCUGCCUCUCUAAGAGCAAGAGGCUUUACAUUGUUGGACACUGAAGAGACCUUUAAUGUUGUACAAGACGGUUCCCACCUGUUUGAGUGCCACUGAACCUUUAGUCCCCAACAUCAUGAAGGGGAUUGGGUGAGGAAAUGGCUGAUAGGCCUCUUCUGUCCCUCCAGAUGUGAUUUCAAGCUAAAUGGUGACCAAGAUGCAUGACCUAAGUACCUGAACUCCUCUAGGAGGGCAUCCUAGAAUAAAUGUUUCCUAUUUGUAGCCUUCACCGUUUUGACUUCUACUGCUCACAGAUACAAUUAGAGAACAGUUUGGCCUUUCUCCACCUGUAGUCCCCAAGAUGCUACCCAUCUGCCAUGAGCAAUGGGUCCACUGUCCUGACUAGACACUAUGAUGAUACUAUAGACUCGAGGCUAUGGGUGGGUCUGCUUUCAGAAAGCAGACUACGAUCCUCAGCCUUCCGUGAGUGAGGGAAAGAUGCUCAGGCCUUCUCCUACAAUGGCUAGCCCACAAAGCCCAACGGCCCUUCUUUCUCAGACCAGUACCAAGUUUUACUUAUCCUGCCAACAGAAACAAUUUGUCAAGGAUCUUGCGUGUUUAUGGCUUUCUAUCUAGCCUUUCAUCAAUAACUGUAAUUACUUUUGGGGUAAAAGUUGUAUUUUAUCAUGAGGAAAAUGCCUCCCCACAACCCCAAGAUUGAAUAGAUAAAAUUACCCUUCAGUUAGCUUCAGGAAAUGUGUGCCCCAAGCAAAUGGGAUGGCCAUGGCUGUCCUGGUUGAGGAGACACUACUUUCCAGGUAAGGGACGAGUGCUCGGCUUCCUGUUCUGUGCAUCAGAUUCAGUGACAGCAUGUGCUGCUCAAAUGGAUCUCGAGCAGGAUGCUGGGAAGGACAGUGAGGCUCAAGCAGGGAGGAGUCUGCCCACGCGCUGAGUGUCCCCCCAACCCCCCUCCCGGAAAAACCAGAGAACCUAUGCUUCUAGAUCCGUAGUUCCUACACAAAGAACCCAAAGCAACAAUCCUACCUGGCCUUUGAGUUUCUAAGUACAUAAAUAUAUGGUGACCUGGUGAAAACUAAGUGGGAAGGGACUAUGCACUCUUUUCCUUGUAAUCUCCAAUCUUUGUUUAGGGCUGAAGCAGCAGGCUCUGAUUAUGUGAACUGUCUCACUGAUUAAAAUACAUGAUAGCAGGUGCCUAAACAAUUUUCCUUUGUGUUUAACCUGACUCUUCUGAACCUACUUUUAAAUAAGGAAUGGCUUUCAUUAACAUGUCUAUUGCUACCAAAAUUAUCUUCAUUUUAAUUUGUAUGUGGUUCAGAAUGUUUUAUUUUUGAAACCCCCACUACUACCCAGUCUUUUUUUUUUUUUUUUGGUUUUUCGAGACAGGGUUUCUCUGUAUUGUUUUGGAGGCUAUCGGUCCAGCCCAGCCUAGAACUCAGAGAUCCGCCUGCCUCUGCCUCCCGAGUGCUGGGAUUAAAGGCGUGCGCCACCACCGCCCGGCACUACCCAGUCUUGAGUGGUUGUUCCUCUCCCCUUUACUAAUCAAAGCCAAUUGUGGCUCAUAAAUAAAUAAGCAGAAUCAAAGGGCCCAUUAGGGACCUUUGUAGGUUCCCUUGGACUAUACUUCCAUUGUGAAGUGGGGCAGACAAACUCCAAUAGGGCAGCGGUCCCAGGAGGAUCUAUCCAUGACUGGCUCUGGUUUGCUGCGAACAACCCCAUGUGCAUCAGCCCAACUUGCCUUGCAACAGUCAGAAAGCCUGCAUCGGACUCACAAAGGCAGUCAUGUGAUCAGAUUGAGGUUUAUCCCUGUCUCUGUGCCAUCCAUACUCCAGGCCUAAAUGAGUGUCACAUGUCACCAGUGGAGGCAAAGAACUUUCACUCACUCUCAUCUGCUGCUGUGGCACAUUUCUUAAUGCGUGUGGCCAGAAACUGGAUGCCACAUUUAACUGACACUUAGUUCUCCUUUCAGACGCAUGAACUUAUUACAAGGGCUUUGGAGAACUCUAAAGUAGAGCUUUGUCCAGGUUCUGUAAGAAGAGCAGUCCAAGGCAUAGCCUUAGGCUUUUAUUCAUUCUAAAGGAAACCUUUAACAUUUAAAGGAAACCUGAGACUACUGGAAGUCCUCUAGUUCCUGCAUACACAAACAUUACCUGAAAAGAAAAAAACAAAACUAUUAGUUUGCUGCAGGGUUGGAAUGCCUGCAUCACUGGCAUGAACUGAAAACUGCCAGGCUUCUGUACCCACAAAGAAUUCUAUGCAAUGAUAUAAACUGUGUAAACUACUUCAGAGCUGCCAGGAGUCUGGGUUAUCACGCUCAUGUUGUAAGUGAAGGGUAGAGAAAAUCAUCAAGACAGUAACAAAAACACAACUCUUACUUGUCAAAACACUUCCAUACAUGCUUUUAAUUAUAAACUUGUAACUGGGAGUACGUUCCAGGCAUUGAGCACAGUGCCCUAAGUAGUAAAAACAAACAAAACCAAAAGCCAGUGUUCACUAAGUGUACAGUGUCACCUACUGAACUACACAGUUUUUUAGGGCCCAACAGAACAAGUGUACGAUGGCUAGAAUUUCUGCCCUGAUCUUCAUUAGGAUGUGGUCCUAGGGAAGGAGUGGGCACGAGCUCAAGUGACAUCAGUACUUCCUGUGGCACACUGCAGCUUCUAGAACAAGAUAAUUGUGGAAGAAAUCAACCAUUAAUUUGGGUUCAGCCAAUAGAACCUCCAUGACAAAGAGUGACAGAACAGCAUCUUGACCACAGCUUGCGAAUGCUGGAGAGCAAGCAUGGCUUUCUGUAAUAACCCUCCAAUGUGUGCAGAGUUGUGUCCCCAUGGCCUCUGAACUCUGGCCUCCUGUUUCACUUAUUUUUGAAACACCUUUGUAUUCAUUUAGAAAUAUGUCUGCUGCCAAUAGCCUAUAUGAGAUUCUCUGACCCCAGCAUAACCGAGCACACUUGUAUAGAAGACGUUUUCAUAUGGUGGCAAACAUUACAAUUUUGGUAAUCCAGUAUAAUCUUAACACCUUCUCUGAUAUUUUAUACAUUUGUACAAGAAACAAACAAAACCCAAAAAAACUUGGUCCCAGAACCAUGAACCACUGUUGGAUAAUGACACCCGUGACUUACCAUUUGAUCUUCCUGUAGCUCAUGUGAAGCUCCUGGAACUGUCUGAUCAGCAAACUGCACGCAAGUUCUGUAGAGAACUCCACACCUACAGAGACACUGGGAGCUAUGUUUCUGCUCUAUCGUUUGCCUUUCCCAUGGUCAGGAGGAAAACAUUUGUAGAGUCCAUAGCCUUCCUUUGCAAUGCUCCCAUCAAGAGCCGUGGUGACCUAAUUUUAUUCGGACCUGAUGCAAAGACUACAAACCAUGUUCACUUCUAUUUCUAAUCUGCUUUUAGACACAUUAACUUACUUUGCAUGAAAUUUAAUUUUUUAUCAAUUGAAAGUGCUUUGAUAUCAGUUGAAUUAGGAAACCCUGCCUUGAAUGUCCUGUUAUUAAAGCACACCUGGCUGUGUUUGCAUCUGUCAGUACUGUUCUGUUUGUACCGGAAGUCUCAUCUUAAAGUGGCUACUAAACACUGUACUAUACAUACCUUGUAAUUUUUUAGGCUCACUUGAAGCUUUAAAUGUUUCCAGAUGCCUCUAGUUUUAGCUGCUGUAAAAUAGCUACUUUGUGUUAUUUGAUAUAGAAUUGUUUAAAAAAAACUCCACUUAUUUAUACAGAGACAUUUAUAAUAUUUUACAAACAUUCUUAUAUUCUGAAUAAAUAUUUCUAAUUCCA